GCACGGAUAAGCAGCUCGGAUUCCCGGUGUUUGCAAACUUGGAUUUCCGUGCGGCGACUCCGCCAGGCGCCCUUUGUUGUGUCAACCAUCAAAGUCAGCGCGAGGUCAACUAAACACAGUGUCUUCGCAGUCAGUCACCGUCGUCGACUGUGUCGUGAAAUGUGUGCCGCGCGUUGAGCCGUCUCUUCCAAUCUCGAGUGAAUGAAUCCGAAUCAAUCGAAUCCGCGAGAAAGGGAAAAUCCUGGUGUUUCGGUGUUUUGCGCGGAUGCCUUCUCUCGACACUGUUCGAGUUCGCAGUGAACGACAAUGAGAGUGAAAACCGUGCCGAGGCAGCGAGUAAUUCAAAGCAACGUUGAGUGGGCUCCUGGCGUAAAAACUCAUGGUGCAACGCGAUCUUCGAACGAAGAGGAAUCGUCGGGCGGCGACAAGGAUGAAUCGCAAGGAGCGAGCGUUUUGAAUGGGAAUCAACCGGAAGAUCGAUCGAACGAAGCCGUGAACGAGAAGGAGAAGGAGAAGGAGAAGGAGAAGGAGACUUCGAAGUAUUCGGAGAAAGUAUUGGAUAUGUCGAUUAAACUGAAGAUCGAGGCUUCGAAAAGGGACUCGGUCCUCUUUAACUUGAUGGCUGGACCAAGUUGCAGAUCGAAAGAAAAGGCAAAAAAGUCCGUCAGCGACGACGACAAUAACAACGUACUGCUGCUAAAGACAGAUGCAGAAAAUCCUCCCGCGGCUGGCUCGUCGAGCGAGGAGGUUCCGAAAGAGUCGACCGACGAGUCGGACAAACCGAUAGAGGCUUUAAAUUUGUGCAAGCGGGAUUGCAAAGAGGAAGAGGAGUCGCACAUGAACCCGGGCGCCGACGAGAGGUUAAAGGACACGUUUCUUUACAAAAUCAUGACAGACCCGACGUUCCUGGAAAGCAUACAGAAGCACAAGCAGACGAAGCGGUACGCGUGCCCGUACUGCAAGCAAGAGUUCAACAACAGCGACGAGCUGGCCGAUCACUCGGACGCGAAGAAGGACGAGUCGAAUCAGGUGGUAUGCUGCGCGUGCAAAAAGACGUUCGCGCAGAAACGGUACCUGAGGUAUCACCAGAGAUGCCAUUCCGAGAGGACCAUGUUCACCUGCGACAUUUGCACGAAGAAGUACACGAGAAUCGACAAUCUGUCGAGGCACAACGCGUUCCACGUGAAUCCGGACAAAUUCUCGUGCACCUACUGCGAGAAGACGUUCGCCAGGAAGGAUCUGUUGAACAAGCAUCUCAAGUGCCACGACAACAAGUUCCGUUUCUUCUGCGAGAUAUGCCAGAGAUACUUCAAGGGACCGCUCUCAUUGGACAAUCACAGAAAGAACUUUCACUCGGCGACCGUAUAAGUACGUAGCUUUUAAUUACAUUUACGUACCGUUCAUGUAUCUUGCGUUGCUGUAUCGAUCGAGAGGAAAGCGGUCCCAACUAAUCGAGGAAUUUUAGUUUGGCUCGUUCGUACAUGAAAUGUAUACGAAAUAUAUUAACUCGAAUCGAUAUAUUAUAUUAUUGGAUGGAAAGUCCAAUGACAAAUCAAAAUAUGUUAA